GAGCGGGUAGGCGGAACAUCCCGGCUCCCCCUUUCCCGAGACUCGGUUAACCCGCGGCUGCCCGCCCGGAGCCAGGAAACAAACUCAAGAGGAUGAAGCCUGAUAAAGGAAAGACUUUAACUAGAGAGAGAGACUAUGUGUACAAAUUCAGUGCUGGAAAUGAACAUUUGGUGAUUACCGUGCCUCUCAAAUUCCCUGUGCAAGAGAAUAUCAGUCAUUUGCAUGGACGUCUGAUGGUUCUGCACAACCUGCCAUGCUUUAUAGAAAAUGACCUGAAGCAAUCUCUUAGUAAAUUUGUAGAAGAGGAAACCAUAAAAGAUUAUGACAGAGAAGCUGAAGUGGCUCUGGAAGCAGUGAAAUCAGGAAAAGUAGACAUCAACCAGCUGGCAGAUACUUGGGCUAAAGCAUAUAAAGAGACAACAUUAGAACAUGCCAAACCUGAAGAAACCAGCUGGGAUGAAGAUUUUGCAGAUGUUUAUCAUGAUCUGAUCCAUUCUCCAGCUUCUGAAAUGCUGUUAAACCUGGAACACAAUUAUUUUGUUAGCAUUUCAGAAUUAAUAAGUGAAAGGGACGUGGAACUGAAAAAGCUACGUGAAAGGCAAGGAGCUGAAAUGGAUAAGGUGAUGCAGGAGCUUGGGAAGUCACUGACUGACCAGGAUGUGAAUUCCUUAGCAGCUCAGCAUUUUGAGUCUCAGCAGGAUUUGGAGAACAAAUGGACCAAUGAAUUAAAGCAGACUACUGCUAUCCAGAAGCAGGAAUAUCAGGAGUGGGUGAUAAAGCUUCAUCAGGACCUAAAGAAUCCUAACAACAGCUCAGUCAGUGAUGAAAUUAAAGUUCAACCCAGCCAGCUGAGGGAAUCUGUGGAAGGAAAUGGGAGAAUCUAUGAAGAGCAAAGGCUGUUAGAAGAAAGCUUUACUAUUCAUUUAGGAGCUCAGCUGAAGACCAUGCACAACCUGAGGCUGCUGAGAGCUGAUAUGUUGGAUUUCUGCAAACACAAGCGCAGUCACCGCAGUGGGGUGAAGCUGCACAGGCUUCAGACUGCAAUGUCCCUCUACUCAACUUCCCUAUGUGGUCUGGUGUUACUGGUGGAUAACAGGAUCAGCUCAUACAGCGGAAUCAAAAGAGAUUUUGCAACUGUUUGCCAAGAAUGCACAGAUUUCCAUUUUCUUGGAAUCCAAGAACAACUUGAAAUUGUCCAGAAAGUUGUGCUUAAGGCCAGAGCACAGCGUAGCAGCAAGACAAAAAGACACCACGAAAACAGAAUUGGUGGGAAUGAAGAUAAAUUAAAGAAUAUUGAACGAAACCAGUCGAACAUUUUACCGGGAGAGUUCUACAUCACACGGCACUCAAACCUCUCAGAAAUCCACGUUGCCUUUCACCUGUGUGUGGAUGACAACGUCAGGUCUGUGAAUGUGACUGCCCGCGACCCGGCCAUCAUGGGGCUCAGGAACAUCCUCAAGGUCUGCUGCACACACGACAUCACCACCAUCAGCAUUCCCCUCCUGCUGGUGCAUGAAAUGUCAGAAGCUUCUGCCACACCACAUGGUACUUGUAUCUACAUGGUGACCCAAAUUGAGGAGCUAGACCAAUUAAAAGCAUCUCAGCCAGCUGAAUCACUCGAAGUUUUUAUUCCCACCCCUCCUUUUGGACAAUUCACUUCCUGGAUCUAUCUCACUGCAGUGGUACAAGUAUUAAUAGAAGAUGGGACUACACAGCUGGGAGCUCUUGCUUAGAAGCUCUACCUUCAGAGCUGCUGAUGCAGUAGUGAUACCAGAUUCCCUCUUUUUAUUAUCAUUAGCUGUAAACAUUAAAACUAAAUUUUGGGAGCAGCAGAACUGGCAAAGCUUGACUUAGAGUUCUGUAGAUCUAAACACUACCUUGGCCUUCUGUAAAUCUUCUACCACCUCAGCCCUACACAAGAGCAACCAAAUUUCACCUUCACUUUGAACUGUCUCUUCCUUCACUGCCUAAUUUCUGUCCUUGUUUCCUCUUUAAGUCCCCUCAAAUACUGUCUGGGUAAGAGGCAGCAUAUUGCUGAUGCUCUUGGUGUUCUUACUUAACUGUGCUGAGUUUUGUAUUUUCUUCUGUAGUGGCACUCUGAUGUAGGCCUUGUCUCGCAAUCAGCUGUAACA